UCUCACAGUUCUUCAGAGUUUCCUUAAAUCACAAAGUAUCAUAUGAUAGGAAACGUCCAAAGUUCAUAAGGAGACUGAGGAGACAAAGUAGAACCAAGAGACAGCAAAAUGAAGGUGUUCUUUUCCUUCUUUGUUUUGCUAGAGAUUUUUGGCUCUUCAGUUGCUGUGUACAAACAGUGGAUUCCAAAUACAAAUUUUGAAAAUGCUACUAACUGGGAUCAAAACCGAAUCCCGUGUGCCAAGGAUACCAUUCUUUUUGGGAGUACUAAGAUUGUAUCAGUUUUCGUCCAGGCAUCCCACUCUUUGACAGACAUGUACCUUCCGCUGAAUGGAGAAUUCAUUAUGGCCCCCACUGCUGGGUUUGCAGCUUUCGACGGCAAUUACAGUCCAGGAUGUGAGACAGUUGAUAUUCCUCUGAAGGAAGAGGAUGUGGAAGCUUUAUCUGUACAAGAAAAUCCCAUGUUCCAUGCAGUUCAGGAAUAUUAA